AUGGCCGAAGUCACCUCUCGCGGAGGUGGUCUACCUCGUGGUGCUCCUCACCGAACAAGAGGUCGGGGUCGUGGGCGUGGGGCAUCCAACUCGGCUCUCUCGGGCUCUCAUUCGGCCGUCGCCAACGGUCUCGAGCACAAGAUCAACGGACACGCUUCCCCUCUCGAAAGGUCCUCGGCUGUCGACGAACCCGAAGAACUCAAGCUCAUCCGAAAAAAGCAUGGCCACAACCUUGCAACCAUCAAAGAGUUGUUUCCCAAUUGGACUGAUGAGGACCUACUCAUGGCCCUCAACGAGGCUGCUGGUGACCUAGAGUUGGCAGCUGCUCGCAUCAGUGAAGGCCUUGCAGAAAAAUGGGGCUCGGUUAAGACGAAAAAAGAUAAAAAGACGAGCUCGCCUGUCCUUCCUUCCUCUCGCGGUCAUGGCGCUGCCAUUAGCAACCUUGUCGAUGGUCGUGGCGGUCGUGGUCGAAGUGACGUCCCUCGAGGUUCAUCGCGCGGUGGCGGUCGCGGGGCAGCCCCUCGAGGUACCGGACGUGGUCAAUCGUCCACAAACCUUGCUCGCGGCAUCCAUCCUACUGCUGACGACCCGUCAAUCGCUACAACAACCCCUUCGAGCUGGAGUUUAGCCGUCACCGCGCCUUCUAACGACUGGUCCAAUCCGUCUGGUCCGUCCGCCUCGCUGGCUACCAUCGGCAACGAUUUCGGCCAAUCGCUUGACCUGGGAUCCACUAGUCAAUCCAUUGGCACAUUGCCAUCUGCGGAGGCUAAGUCUGAAAAUAGCCAACCAACUCACGAGGCGAACCAGAAUGGCGUAGUCGAACCGCCGAAAUUGAUGGCUGAGCUCUCCCAGAAGCCCGCGAGUCGUGUUAUAACACCUGGGACUAAAAUGAGUUGGGCUCAAAUCGCCAGACCGCUCGACCCACCUAAGCCUCCCGUCGUCCCAGUUGUGCCAGCACAACCAUCCAUCGCUAUCUUAUCCGGGGCCGAUGUCAAUUCAAAUCUCACAAAGAAAGCAGUACCAACGGACACGCUGUCCACCCAAACCGCUGUCGACUCCCCACUACAUGAUGGCCAAGUGUCGAUAAGCAUCCCGGAUGCGACUGCGGACGUGUGGCAUACCGAACCAGUACCAGCUAUUGAGGAACUGACAGCCAACAUUUCUGGCACUGGUCCCAACGUCUGGAACGACGAUCCUGUCCUCCAGCCUCUUGGUGUUGGUGAGGCGUGGGCUGAAGCUGUUCUUGCACAACCGAACGAGAACGCCACUAGCAUUUUCGAUCAGCAAGCUGCCAGUAAACUUGUGCUCACUCCUUCUGACGCACCAAACAUUGGACCCAUCGAGUUGACAACGCCGUCAGUAACAGCUCCAGUCCUUGAAACUACCAUGGCUCAACCGAAAAAUGUUACCGAUCGCGGCCUUCAAGUACCCGAGCCAGCAUCACUUUUAUCCACAGGCUCCAAUCAGUCCAACCCCCCUCCCACCAGCUCCAUUCUUGCACCGCCUGGAUUGACCAAACGGGCCAGCACGAGAAAGGGCCAAGAAGCUGCAGUUGUCAUGCCGGGCAGUGGAACUCCCACUAUGGAUAGAAUGGGGUUGAAAUUUGGCAGUCUCAGCUUGUUUGGUGACACCGCUGAAUCGGCCGAAGCGUCACAGGUUCCGGCCCUCGACGCACCAUCCCCUCCUAUACCUGCCAUAGAGGAGCCGUUGGUCAAGGAAGCCAGCAUGAAAGGUGAUGAUAGCCAGAUCGAAAAGUCCUUAGCCCCUCAGGCGAUUGCCGAGCCAGUCAAGUCACCGAGCCCCCCAGUGGCCCCUCCAGCGGUGGAAGAGCCUCCGGUGCCUCAACAGCUUAGUCAUCAACCUACACAACCCGUGCAACACGCUCCACCUCAGCCUCUCAACCCACCUGCUGUUACUCCAGUCCAAACGGCAACUUCCCAACCUCAUUCCUCGAGUUUCAACUCGCGAUAUCAAUCUACGAAUCAGUAUGCUGCCCCAGAGCCCAGUGCAGCCCAACCAGCCAACGCCAGCUCCCAAGCUCCUCAACCACAACAGCAGGACGCCUUCUCACAUUAUUCCGGAUUUAGGCAAGACCCUAUGGCGGCGUACUUUCAGCAGCAGCAGCAGCAGCAGCAGCAGCAGCAGCAAUCAGCCCUCGCUCAGCACUCGACCAGUCCAGUCCCUGCCAGCCAAUCCCCUGCGGCAUAUGGUACGUUUAAUCACAUGAAUCAGCAAGUGCCACAACAACAAAGUCAGCAACCCGCCCAAAGUUCCUUCGGCCAAGCUCCCCAGUCGGUACCGGACUAUGCAGCAAUUUACGGCCAAGAAGCGCUCAGAUCUCUGGGAUACUAUGACUCGUAUGCUCAUGCUCAAGCCGCUCAAGCCGCUUUCCAAAGCCGCUCUCCUCAUGGUGGCGCCGAUGAUUCGUCGAAACCUACGGCUGCGGCCCCAACGGCCCCGCCUCCAAGUCAGCCACAAGUCGGACAUCAUCAUCCACACCACCCGCCCCAGCAAACUCAACAACAACAACAACAGCCUGCUGGAACAUCUGUUAGUACUGCCGCCCAACAGUACCCCGGUAUGCAGCCUUCCCCGAUGCCCUACCCGUACUAUCCCUACUAUCAACAAUACGGUCAACUGCCGCCGAACUAUCAAAACCCGGCAUACCCAUAUGCGCUGCAAGCCCCUUCACCAUAUUACUCGGUUCAGGGCUCGCAACAGUACCAAGCUGGAAACGCCCGGGCAGGCCAAUCUCAGUAUCCAAUGCAAGGUGGUCCUGGCAAUAACGUGGCCGCAGCUCCGAAUUCCAUGCCGAUCUCCCAUGGUCACCAGCAGCAACAUGCGUCUCAACAUGGUCUCGGAGGUGCUGGUGUGGUUACUAACAACGCUGGCUUCCGGCAAGUUUCGCAACCAGGCGUUGGCGCAAGCCAAAUGCCUAAUGGGCAAGUAGCUGGUCAAGGAAUCGUCGGAGGAAAUUCAGGCUUGGUGGGAUCCGGUGGCAGUAGUGGGAUGCCAACUGGCCAACAGCAAAGCUCGAUGCACCAACAACAUGCGUAUUACGGAAGCGGUUAUGGCGGCUACGGCGCAGAUCCACAACAGACUCAACAAGGCGGUGGUGGAAUGAGUAGUUCGGCAAACAACGCCCAUCACCACCAUCACCACCAUCAAGCUCAGCAGCAACACGUCUCGCGUCAAUCCGGACAUCAUCAGCAUUCCCAUCACGCUGGGGCUCCCACCGGGGCUUCUGGAGGCGGACAAGGUGCGAAUGAUCGCAAAGACCCGUUUACAUUUGCAUCUGAUCGAUUCUUCAAUCAGUAA